GAAUUUCAUGCGUGAUGCUGAGGAGAUCGCCUGCAGCCGGCGCAUGAACAGCCUGACACUGAACCGGCACACGGAGAUCCUAGAGAUCCUGGAGAUCCCGCAGCUCAUGGACACCUGCGUCCGCAAUGGCUACUAUGAGGAGGCGCUGGAGCUCGCUGCCUAUGUGCGUCGGCUGGAGAGGAAGCACAGCAGCAUCCCUGUGAUCCAGGGCAUCGUAGACGAGGUGCGCCAGUCCACCCAGCUGAUGCUGAACCAGCUCAUCCAGCAGCUCCGCACCAACAUCCAGCUGCCGGCCUGCCUGCGGGUCAUCGGCUACCUGCGGCGCAUGGACGUCUUCACGGAGGCCGAGCUGCGCAUCAAGUUCUUGCAGGCACGGGAUGCCUGGCUGCGCUCCAUCCAGGCCUCUAUCCCCGAUGACGACCCCUACUUCCACAUCACCAAGACCAUCGAGGCCUGCCGUGUCCACCUCUUUGACAUCAUCACCCAGUAUCGCGCCAUAUUCUCCGACGAGGAGCCACUUCUGCCCCCCGAGGGGCAGGCCCUCAAUGAGGGGGCCAUCUUCCAUGGCUGGGUGCUGCAGAAGGUCUCUGAGUUCCUGCGGACGCUGGAGCGUGAUCUCCAUCGAGGGGUGGGUGGCCGCCUGGACUCGCUGCUGGGGCAGUGCAUGUACUUUGGCCUCUCCUUCAGCAGGGUGGGGGCCGAUUUCCGUGGGCAGCUGGCCCCCCUUUUCCAGCGUGUGGCCGCUGCUGCUUUCAAGAAGGCAGUGGAGGAGGCGGUGGAGAAGUUCCGGGAGGAGAUGAAUUCCUACACGCUCAUCUCCGCCCCAGCAGUUCUCGGCGGUAGUGCGGGGGUGCCGGUGCCUGCAGCCCAGCCAGGGACGCUGCAGCCCCCCAUGGUGCUGCUGGACUUCCCGCCCCUCGCCUGCUUCCUCAACGGCCUCCUCGUUGCCUUCAACGAUCUGCGGCUCUGCUGCCCCGUUGCCCUGGCCCAGGACGUCACUACCUGCCUGGAGGACUCGCUCGGUGAGGUGACCAAAACCAUCCUGGCCUUCCACCGUGCAGAGGAGGCGGCCUUCAGUGGCCGCGAACAGGAGCUCUUUGCCCAGUUUUGCACAGCUUUCCUGGAGGAUCUGCUGCCCUACCUGAACCGAUGCCUCCAGGUCCUCUUUCCACCCGCACAGAUCGCGCAAGCGCUGGGCGUCCCCCCAACUCAGCUGCAGCGCUUUGGCCACCUGGGACGCAUCGACUUGGGUGCCCUCAGGGAGCCCCUGGCUUUCCUCCUGCCGGCCCCAG